AUGAACUUCAACAAUAAGGCAAGUGAUUUCGGGAAUGAGAAUGUCGAACUUGUUAGAAGCGUUUCAGAGCUUAUACUUCCAAAAGCUGUUAUAUUGGGGAACCACGAUUGUUGGACUACCCAACAGUUUUCACAAAAGAAGAAAGAUCGUGUCCAACUUCAGCUGGAAUGUCUUGGAGAGGAGCACGUGGGUUACCGUCGUUUAGACUUUCCUAAUUUAAAGCUGAGUGUUGUUGGUGGGCGUCAUGGGGGUAAUAAAAUCUUCCGGGAAAAACUUCUAUCUUCGAGAUAUGGAGUCCAAGAUAUGAAUGGAAGUGCCGAAAAAAUAUGUAAAGCGUCUGUAGGAACACCAGAGGGUCAUUCGAUUGUACUUCUGGCACAUAAUGGACCUACAGGUUUGGGAUCUGAGAAGAAUGAUAUAUGUGGAAGAGAUUGGGUACAUCAAGGCGGUGACCAUGGUGAUCCAGAUCUAGAACAAGCUAUAUCCAACACGAAAGAAACUACCAAAUUCCCUAUCCCCUUGGUUGUCUUUGGCCAUAUGCAUAAAGAAUUGGCAUCAAGAAACGGACAUCUUCGCAAAAUGAUUGUAGUUGGAGCAGACAAUACUAUCUACUUGAAUGGAGCAAUUGUACCUAGGGUGAAAAAACUAUUUCAUGAACAACGAACUGGUACUGGAAGCUCCUCCACUGAAGGCGCACCCGUUUGUCUUGUGCCCGAGCCCAGUGGCACAGUUGGAGGUUUUACGCUAGUUGAGAUUAACGACGGAAAGCCUGAUAAGAUAGCUGAGACUUGGGUUUCCAUUAUUGGGGAUGAAAUCAAGAUUGAAGAAGAGCUCAUACUAUUUCAAAGUGAGUGGCUCUUAUUUAUUUCUAGUCCAUUCAAAGUUUCAUCUAAUGGCAUCGCGCUUGGAAGCGAUGUUAAGCCCAAGAAGAAAAAUAUAAGGAAUCGUGGUGAAGACGGAGCAAAGGCUAAAAACAUGGAUCAAGAUUGUGUCAGAGUCAAACCUGAGGAUGAGAAACCUAGCGAUAGGUUGUUUGAACCAUCUAAGCAUUCAUCUAUGCGAUCCACUGAUAUUGGACCAGAAAAUGUUACACCCAAGAAAAUGAAAAAAAAGGAUCAUGGAAACGAUGGAGAUGCUAUAUUAGGAAAUAGGGAUAUAUAUAGCCAAAAGAGUUAUAUAGUAUUAGGUAUUAGAAUACGUGUGGCUCAAGUCUGUGACUUGAGACCCAAGUUUUGCCUUUGUGUAUAA